AUGCCAGUCACGUAUCGGUUCGUGCUCGAAAAAGACAUGGAGGAAGAGGCCAGAAAUCGGUGCAGUUUCUGCUCUCAACGUCACUUCAGUGACAGAUGUGGAAAUCACGUCGAAAUGGAAGAGCGAAAAAGAAUUCUGACAGAGAAGAAUCGCUGCUGGAGAUGUCUGCUUGUUCGUCAACCUGGACACAACUGCUCAUCAAGAAAAUGCUUCUACUGUGCUCAAUAUGGACACAAUGAAGCAAUAUGCACACGACCAUAG